CCGCAUUCUCCGUGCGCUCGGAGCGUCGUGUCCACACACGUCUUCAGCAGACCAGGGUACCCGGACCCUGCCGCGCCGCGCCGUUUACUGUGAGUUCGGCUUUUGUUUCUCGGACAUUUGUGACGGUUGUAUUUUUACCCCUCUACCCUGGGAAAGGAAACUCAUCCAGCCACAUAGGCGUCAUGACUCCAGCAGUGAUGGUCAGUAUACGCUGUGUAUGGAAAGGCUACGAGCGAGUGCUUCUGCCCUAGUGACGAGCCCCAGUGAGCAUGGCACUCUUCAAACCUGAAAACGUGGAGGACUUCUACGAGCUCCAGGAGGUGUUGGGAAGUGGCCACUUUGGGCAGGUGCGGAGAGUGCGUGAGCGUUCCACUGGGCAGCACUAUGCUGCUAAGUUCCUGAAGGUGUUUAAGAACACGCGCAGCCUCCAUGGCCUGGAGCGGAGCCAGGUGGAGCGUGAGGUGAACAUCCUUCAGGCCCUCAGACACCCCAACAUUGUGGCCCUCAAAGACCUGUUUGAGAGCCGCGAGGAAGUGGCCCUGAUCCUAGAGCUGGUGAGCGGAGGAGAGCUGUUUGAUUUCAUCGCUGAGAAAGAUGAGCUCCUGGAGUCUGAGGCUAUCUUGUUCAUGAGGCAGAUCCUGCAAGGCCUGUCCUACAUGCACCAGCAGCGCAUCGCACAUUUCGACCUCAAGCCGGAGAACAUCAUGCUGUCGGAGAAAGUGUCGGAGCCGAACAUCAAACUGAUCGACUUUGGCCUCGCACAACGCCUGGAGCCUGGGCAGGAGUACCGCAGCACCAGCGGCACCCCCCAGUACAUUGCUCCUGAGGUGAUCAAGUAUGAGCCUCUGACCACGGCUGCAGACAUGUGGAGCAUUGGGGUCAUUACCUACAUUCUUCUGAGUGGUCUGUCCCCGUUCCAAGGGGACACUAAUGAAGAGACGCUAAAAAACGUGAUUGAACUGAAGUUUGUGUUUGAGGAGGGGCCCUUUAAAACCACAAGUGACAUGGCUAAGGACUUCAUCCAGAAGCUCCUGGUGACCAGCACAGAGGAGAGGAUGACUGCAGAUGAGUGCCUGCUUCAUCCCUGGAUAAAGCCCAUCACUCGUAAACAGACAGAUAAAAGAAAUCGAUCCUCCAUCAACAUGAAAAACUUUAAGAAGUUCAAUGCCAAACGCAAAUGGAAGAUGUCCUUGAACAUGGUGUGGAUGUGCACUCGACUGCUCAGCCUCCGCCAGCACAGGAGGACCAGUCCAGAGGCCAACCCACUGCAGAGGGAGUGUGACAGUGAUGUGGAGGACAUCGAGGUCAAACCAGGAUCUUUACUGCGGAGGCGCCUCAGCAGCUCCACUUAGGACUGCCAAAUAAUUCUAUAGUUUGGACCAUUUCCAGACCAGUGGCAUGUGAUCUCCUCCAGGCCUGUGUAGCAUAUGAACCAUACUGCUCUACCACGCUCUGUUUAACCCCUGUCACACUGGUAAAGAAGCAAAGCAGGGUCCUACAACCUGAACUGGGACUCCUGACUGCUGAAUCCAAACUGCAUUGUACCUACACAAGGGUAUGGUGAAGAUAUGAAGCUAUGCGCACAUCAAACCUGUGUCUGAAGACACAAAUCCCAGUUUCUGAACUUAAAGAUACAAUAUGGACCUUUUCUGCUGGAAUGUCUGUCAUCUGAUUGUAUCUAUGGAGAUGCUAUUGCUGUGUCUAGAGUAGGCUUCUUAAAAGUAUCUAAAAUCAGAUACUAAUCGCUACUAAAAGUAGUAUUGAAAUUAGAUGCUAACUUGAGCAAGCAUCGAUACUAAUAAAGUCAUAUUCACAGGAUAGAACUUUCCUGAAUAGCUUUAGAAUGAUCUUGAGCUGUAUCAGAACAAGUGUAAGAGCACAUAGAACCUACCUGGACUUAUAGAACCUACCUGGACGACUGAGAGAUUACACAGAUAAAAGGCCACAUAAGAAUAUAAAAGAAACUAUUAUCAUUCAGUGUUGAAAAUCACAUUCUGUUGUCUAAAUAAAGUGUGUUUUUAAUACUCAUCAUGUUAUCAGAAUCUGUAUUGAAUAUUAAGUCUAUCCCUUGGUAUCGAAAUCGAGUUUGAAAGUUUAGUAUUGUGGUAAUUCCAAAAUAUGGCAUUAAACCUGUAUAUCUCCAUGGAGAAAAGCAAGUGAUCAGACCAAGUUACAGGCAAAGCAUCUCCAUGGAGACAAGCAGAUGGCAGACCCGUCACUAGAAAGGUUCCAUAUUGCACCUUUAAGACAACAGCCUUUGUGUCCAUUACCUUAAAGUGCCUAUAACAGCUUUAGACUUUUUAAACUUUAGACUUUAUUGUCCCCAAGAGGAAAUUCAUUUUCACGUACACAGAGGCUGUUGGUCUCUUGGACUACCCAUUUUACUAAAACACAGUUAGGAUAAUUAUAUAAAUAUAUAUAUAAGAUUAUAUCAUCAUAUAUCAGUUUUUUUUCCCAGUUUACUUUGUGGUUGGAAAUUAUGACAUCACCCCAGUGAAAUCUAUACUGUUAUCUAGCAGCCAUCUUAUACACUGGGUCAAAACUCCUCUAAUGUACACAGAAAUUAUUAUUUAACAAAUAAAAAUGUAAGAAAAUAACUAUUUAGUUGCAAAGUUUAAAGAAAGAUCAGAAAAAUGUGUUUAUGUGUAAAUUGCGUUAAAAUUUGGGAUAGAAUGCAAUAUCAUCAAUAUGUUUUAUAACUCUCUACUUCCUAUAAUUUCAACAUAUUUUCCACUUUUUUUUCUUCCCAAAUUGCUUCUUGAUUGGAAUAAAACUAUAAUUUGUAUUCACAACAGGUAUUAUCCCACCAAAUUAAGUCAAAAAGAAAAACCUGUCAUAUGCACUUUAACAUCAGAUUUUGUGUGCCAGAAUAAAAGAAGGAAAUACACACUAUUUUACUUAAGUGAAACUUUAAUAGUAAAAUUACAAAUGCAUGAUAGUAAGACCGAAACUGUUAUAAAAUGGAACAGAUUACAUGUGAAUAAAGUUGUGUGUUGUGACCGUG